AUGGUCAUUGGAACUUCGCCACAGGAGAAGUUAGAUGAUGUAGAUAGUUAUCUCGCAAAACAAGAUGGGAUGAUUAUACGAGAAAAAGAUCCACAUAUGUGUCAUCAUGGGACACGUCAAAAAUGUACUUAUUGUUUACCACUGGAUCCUUACGAUGAGGAAUAUUUAAAAAAGAAAGAUAUAAAACAUAUGUCUUUCCAUGCAUACGUGCGUAAAUUGACAGCUAGUCAUGGCAAAGGAACGCAACUGAAAAAACCGUUGGAAAAUAUUGUAUGUUCAUUGAAAUUAGAUUGUCCAUGUCAUAAACCCUAUCCGCUGGGAAUCUGUAGCAAAUGUCGACCUCCGGUAGUAACGCUAAAUCGACAGCGUUUCCGACACGUCGACAAUAUAUCUAUUGAAAAUGAAGAAGUUGUUAAUCGUUUCCUUGCAUUCUGGCGUAAAACUGGUCGCCAAAGAUUAGGUUUUAUGAUUGGUCGAUACGAACCUUUCCAAGAAAUUCCGCUUGGUAUCAAAGCAACAGUUGCUGCCAUUUAUGAGCCUCCACAAACUUGCUCGGCUGAUGCAGUCAGUUUAGAGCCUGAUCUACAAGAAGGAAUAGUAGAUGAGCUUUGUUCGUACCUUAAUUUAAAACGUGUUGGUUGGAUUUUUACUGAUUUGUGGUCUGCAGAUUCAACUAAAGGCACGGUCCAUUGUACAAGACACAAAGACUCGUUUUAUCUAACUGCAAAAGAGUGCAUCACAGCGGGUUGGUUACAGAACAAACAUCCUAAUAUCACAGUAUUUUGUGGUGAUGGCUAUUUUGGUUCAAAAUUUACCACAGUUGUUGCUUCAGGUAACGAAUGGAACCAAAUUGAUUUCACUGGCUAUCAAGUUUCUAAUCAGUGUGCAGCUCUAGUUGAAGCCAAUGUUCUUUGUCCAACAUCCCAUCCUGAAUUGGCUUACUUACGAAAAUUGCCACUAACUUCUUCACAUUAUAUUACUGAUGUCCAUUAUAUGAAAAAUGAAUAUGGUGUUGAAACUAUUAAAAAUGGAAGGCCGAUGCCUGUUGAGUACUUGCUUGUUGAUGUUCCAGCAGGGAUGCCAAAGGAGCCUCACGCCACUUUUAAUAUUUCUAAAAAGUGUUAUUUCCCCACUGAAAACCGUUCUAUAAUUGGUGAAUUACAGGAUCCCAAAGCUAUCGGGCGAUACAUAUCAGAAUUUUCUACCAAUCAGUUUCUGGAACUGGCUACGAACUUUCAUUUUCUCCUUUUCCUUUUUAGUAAUGAUGUCGUCAAAUUUUCUAAGGAAGAAGUAAAGUCUCUGUGUGCUAUAAUUCAACAGCAAGACAGAGGUAAGGCGAUGGAUUGGGCAUCUAGUAAUGCGAAUUGGGCGACACUGUCAACAUUAUGCCUUCAUUCAUUGCGAGGUAAGUAUUCCUUUAUCACGGUGAUGUACAGAUUAUUUUUAUUUCUAGAUUCAUCAGGCUCAGAUUCAAGUAAUAAAUGGUCUUGCAAACACUGUACAUUUGAGAAUUCGGAUGAUCGGUCAGAUUGCUCAAUGUGCAGUCUUCCGCGAUCAGAAACAUGA